AUGGCUCCCCAAGACACCAAAGCACCCUUCCUCCGCAUUCCCUGGAUCCGCCGCAUCAUCACCAAACCAGGCACCAUCUACCGCAUCCCCGGCAGCCGCUCCCCCAAGUCCACCACCGAGGACUCCCUCUUCGCCGAAAUCCUCAAAACCCCGCGCACAAUCCGCAGCGCCAUAUCCUUCUACACCCGUCCGACCUCCGAAGAUUCCGAAAUCGAGCAAGUCACAACCGUCAUGACCCUCGGCGACGGGAUGAACGGACACCCCGAGAUCAUCCACGGCGGAAUUCUAGCGACUAUGAUAGAUGAGAGCAUGGGGAUACUGCAGAGCGUGAAUCUGGAGAGGGCACAUAUGAGAAGGGUGAAAUUGGGGCAGGCGGAGGGGGAGUUGCCGCCACCAGGAGGUGCGGCGUUCACGGCGGAGUUGACGGUGAGGUAUUUGAGACCUGUGAGGACGCCGGGGGCUGUGGCGGUGGUUGCGAGAAGGGAGAGGAAGGAGGGGAGGAAGGAGUGGCUUGUUGCGGAGGUGAGGCAGCAGGUGGGCCAUGGGGAGGAUGACGACGGGGAGGUUGUGGUUUGUGCGACGGGGACAUCGCUGUUCAUUGAGCCUAGGGGUGUGAAGCUCUGA